CGACUCACAGCAAAAAAGUUUUCAUCGUCAGCCAAUUCGGGAUUUUUGCAGAGCCUGCUGCGACUACAAAAGAAGAAGAGUUUAAUAGAUUUUUUUUUCAAUUAAAAGUGGAUUAAUUUGGUGAAAAGAAAAAUUGCGGAAAAAUGAGUGAUUUGCUGAGUGUGCCACUGAAGAAACCAUCGGAAGUGGAUGUAGUGAAGCCCCUGAAGAAUCUAAUACAGAGCUCCUACGGAAGUAGCGACAAGGUCCCAAAUUACGCAGAAGCGGUUAAUGAAUUUAGCAAAUUAAGAAAUUCAGCAAUAUGGAAAUUCUUCGAGAAGUACGAGAGCUCCCUGGAAAUUGUGUACAACUACUAUGACCAGCUGAGUGGUUUGGAGACGAAAAUUCCCGUCCAGGAGCUGCAGAUUCCCUUCAAGUGGAAAGAUGCCUUCUCCAAGGGUUCCAUCUUCGGAGGACGAGCCAGUCUAACUCUGUCAUCUCUGGCGUACGAGAAAGUGUGCGUACUGUUCAACAUUGCGGCCCUGCAGAGUGCUGUUGCUGGAGCUCAGAGCUUGGACAGUGAUGAGGGACUCAAAUUAGCUACGAAGCUUUACCAGCAGAGUGCUGGGAUCUUCACGCAUUUGAAGGCAGCAGUUCCGGCUGCAAUUCCACAGGAACCAACUCCGGAUUUGUACCAGGAAGUCCUGACAAUCCUUGCGAAUCUCAUGGUGGCACAGGCUCAGGAGAUUUUCAUUGUUAAAGCAAUUCGCGACAAGAUGAAGGAUCAGAUUAUUGCAAAGCUCUGCUGUCAGUGUGAGGAGUUCUAUGCUGAAUGUCUGCGUGGGCUGCAGAAGGAAUCCGUGAGGAAUCUGUGGGAGAAGGAAUGGGUGACUACAGUUGCGGGAAAGCAGGCUGGCUUCCAUGCUAUGACACAACUCUACUCGAGCUUAGCGUGUCGAGCUAGUAAGAAGGUCGGUGAGGAGAUUGCGCGUCUCCAGCAGGCUGUUGAACUCUUCAAAGCAGCCCAAUCACGUUCGGGGAAGUCAUCAAUGUUCCAGGAAUACGCUGAUCGUGCUCAGCGCAAUCUCGUUGAAUCCAAGAAGGACAAUGACUUCAUCUACAAUGAAAUCAUUCCCGAUGUGAAGACACUGGAUAGCCCGGGGAAGGCACAACUCGCCAAACCCAUUAAUCUUGCAUCGCCACUGGGGCAGAACUACAAGGAUUUGUUUGUUGACCUUGUCCCUGUGGCUCUGCAUCAGGCCCUUUCAGCGUGUGAGGCACGCAAGACGGAGAUGGUGAAUGUGGAAAUCCAGAAGCUGCGCGAGGCAACACAAAUGCUUAACGGUGUCCUCGCCAGCCUCAAUCUACCGGCUGCCAUUGAGAGUACAGCCGGUGGAUCGGGAUUGCCGCCGUCUCUGCAGGAAAAGGCCAAGGCUGUGCGAGAGAAUGGUGGCGUAACGCAGAUUUCGCGCAUGUUCAAAGAACUCCCGGAAGCUCUGACGCGCAACAAGGAGAUUCUCGAUGAAUGCGAUCGUUUGCUCAACGACGAACGCGAUUCGGACAAUGCACUGAAGAAUCAAUUUAAGGAGAAGUGGACACGCACCCCGUCCGAUAAGCUCACAGAAGUCUUCAGAUCCAAUAUUGGCAAAUACCGCGACAUUAUCAACAAGGCGGUACAAGCUGAUGGUGUUGUCCGUGCGAAAUUCGAUGGUCAUAUCAAUGGCAUUGAGAUUCUAUCUAAAUCUCCGGAAGAACUUGAGAGAUCCGUGCCAAGUGCUGGAGGUGCUGGUGUGGCAAACAGUCCCAGUGUGCAGCAAUUGCGUUCUCUCAUGGAGAGUGUUGAGACAAUCAAAGCUGAACGCGAUGCCAUUGAAGCUGAACUCAAAUCAGCCACGGUGAACAUGAAGGAGCAAUUCCUCGGAGCUCUUGCCCGGGAUGGUGCCAUUAAUGAGCCAGCUAUGUCCGUGGGUGAGAUUGGCAAGACUCUGGCACCGCUACAGGCUCAAGUGCAGGAGAGUAUUAAGCGUCAGGAGGGCAUUUUGGCUGAAGUGCAGGCUGCCCAUUCAGUCUUUACCAGUGAAUCCGGUGGUGCGAGUAAUACGCGUGAUGCCACGUUGAUUCAACUGGCUGCUGCCUAUGAUACAUUCAUGGAGCUCCAGGGGAACCUGAAGGAGGGCACAAAGUUCUACAAUGAGCUCACUGAGCUUCUCGUGGCAUUCCAGAACAAAAUCUCCGAUUACUGCUUUGCACGCAAAACGGAGAAGGAGGAACUCAUGAAGGACCUCACACAGCAGAGUACUCGAACUGUGGCACCACCCCCACAGGUACCAACUCAUCAUACCACAACACCAGCAGCUCCAACUACCGUCCCAGAUGGCAGCAUGCCAUAUCCGGCACAAGGAAUGGCCAAUAUGCCAAUGCCGUAUGGCGCCUCUGCAGCUGCUCCGUAUCCAACAUACAUGGCUCCCCCGAUGCCGCAAUCAUUCAAUCCGUACGCCCCGCUUCCGUAUCCGCAGAAUCCAUUUGCUUAUCAGGGAUUCCCUCAAGGUCCCCCAACGUCUGGUUAUGCAACAUACCCAGGAAGUAUGGCGCAUCAGCAACAGCACAAUCCUGGCACGGGAUACCCUCGUCAGCCAGGAUGGUAAUUCUUCUCCACGGAGAUGUAUUUAAUAUCCCUAAAAACGCACCAUGUGGGCAAAUGGAGAUGGAAUCAUUGCAGGCAGAUUAUACCUAUUAAAAAAACAAAAUAUUUCAACUUGAAAGCAUGAAAUAAUAUUUUUCUUUUUUCAAAAAUCAUUGCAAUCUUUUAUUUAGUUUUUUUCUUUGAAGAGGGAAAAGACAUGUAACUGUGCCUAUGGAAAACAUAAUAAAUAAUCUAUUAUUGUUAAA